AUGCAUAUAUGCAUGUUUAGAAUUGAAAAAGAGGAAUUUCGUAAAUGGGCUUCAAAUCCUGUAGAAGUGCGUUCUUCACCAUACGAGCCACUGAAUAUUGGGUAUAAUCAUAGUUAUACGAUUACUAGUCGAUUAGAUCGAACUACAACAGUAUCAAAAGAUUAUAUUAGUGAUACGAUAAUUCUCACUAAAAGUGUAGAAGAAACGGAACUAUAUCUGGAAAAUCAUGGUAUUGAUCUUUGUAAGAAUCCACAAAUUAUUAGGCGAACAAUACCUGAAAGGCCACCAACAUAUGAACAACGAGUUUCUGUUCGAUAUCUUCAGCCACCACCUCUUCCACCAUCAGGAUCACUCAUUAUUAAAGAAGUGAGCACAGAGCAGCCACCACCUCUUUCCUCACUACCACCACUCAUUUUACAUUUGGUUAAUCAAUGUAUUUUUUUUACCGUUACUCGUACCUUACCUCCCUUACCUGUUCCACCACGAUCAGUUGUCAUCGAACGUUAUCCACCUCUUCCAGAAAAACCACGAGAUAUUAUAAUUGAACGAUGGAUCCCGUACGGACGUCAAACUGAACGCCAUACGAUUGUUCAACAGGCUGCUCCUCCUAUAGAAUAUCCAAAACCAAGUUGUACUAUUGUUAUUUACGAAGUUCCUCAAGCACGUAUAGUCCGGAAAUUUGAGCAACUUGAUGUUACUAAUGAAAAUCCUGAAGAUUAUGUAGCCCGCUAUAGUGAAUCACUUUUAAAUUCAACAACAUUGGUUCAACAAGCUCGUAAUGUUGGCGUUAUUGAAGAUAUAGUAACUUUCUUUACAGGUAUUAAACAAACAUUUCCUUGCAAUAAUUGGUUAGCUGAUGAUGAAGGUGAUAAACGUAUUGAACGUCGAUUAAAAGAAGAUACAUUAUUACGUAAAAUUUAUCUAUCAGCUACUCCAUGGCACAUAUGGAUAUAUACAAGUGAUAAGCAAGGAGCAAGUACAAAUGCUCAAGCAAUUCUUGUUCUUUAUGGUAGUAAUGGAAAAUCAAAAAAUAUUAAAUUAGAAAGAAAUUCAAAUACAUUUCAACAAGGUAAUUGUGAUCAAUUUGAAGCAGAUAUAUAUGAUAUUGGUGUACCAUCGAAAUUACGUGUUAGUCUUAAUAAGGAAAGUUUAUCUGCAUCAUGGCAUCUUGAUCGAAUUGAAAUGAAAAAUCUUAAAACAAAUAAAAAAUAUACAUUUCGUUGUGGAAGAUGGUUAUCAAAAACAGAAGGUGAUAAACAAAUUAUUCGAGAAUUACCAGCUGAAGGACCCGAAAUAUCAAGACCUUUACCUAUUGUUCAAUAUAGAGUUGAUGUAUAUACAGGAAAUGAAACUGAUGCUGGUACAGAUGCAAAUGUUUUUAUUAAUAUUUAUGGUGAUUAUGGUGAUACAGGAGUACGUUUAUUAGAAUAUUCAUUACAAAAUACAGAUAAAUUUGAAAAAAAUCAACUUGAUAGUUUUAUUAUUGAAGCUGUUACCUUAAAACAAAUACGAAAAAUUCAAAUCGGUCAUGAUGGUACUGGAACACAUUCUGGAUGGUUUUUACAUAAAGUUGUUAUUCGUCAAGAUGAUCAACAUUUUGAACCAGUAACAUUUAUUUGUAAUAGAUGGUUUGGUGUUGAUAAAGAUGAUAGACAAAUUGUUCGUGAAUUACCACCAACACAAAAUUUAAAUAAAAUAACAUAUAAUAUUAAAAUAAAAACUGGUGAUGUUUUACAAGCUGGUACUGAUGCUGAUGUACAUUUGAAAAUAUUUGGUGAAAAAGAUUCUACAGAUAAAAUUCCACUUACAACAAUAAACAAUAAAAAAGCUCUAUUUGAAUGUGGAUCUAUCGAUAAUUUUACAUUUGAACUUUAUGAUCUUGGCAAAAUUGAACAUAUACUUAUUGGACAUAAUGGAAAAAAAUUUGGUGCAGGAUGGUUUCUUGAUUGGAUUGAAAUUGAUAUACCAAUACGUCAAGAACAUUAUAGAUUUAAUUGUAAUCGUUGGUUAGAUGAAAAAGAAGGUGAUGGAAAAAUUGAAGUUGAUUUAACACCAUCGGACACAAUUAACAAAUCAAAUCUUAUACCAUAUGAAAUAACAGUUUUUACUGGUGAUAAAGCUGAUGCUGGUACAGAUGCAAAAGUCUUUAUUCAAAUAUAUGGUCCACAUGGUAGAACAGAAGAAAUUCCUCUGGAAAGUAAAUCUGAUUUAUUUGAAAGAAACUCGAUUGAUAAAUUUAAAAUCAACGCUCCUGAUAUCGGACCAAUUGAAAAAAUUCGAAUUGGUCAUAAUUCAGAAAAUGCUUCUGCAGCAUGGUAUCUUGAAAAAGUUCUAAUUCAACGAUAUUUAAAUAGUAAAUCUGAUCGAUCAAAAUAUUUAAAUCAAAUUAAAACAUCAGAUUCAAAUAUUGAAGAAUAUUGGUUUAAUUGUCAACAAUGGUUUGAUAAAGAUAAUGGUGAUAAAAAAACUAUUCGAGAAUUGUUACCUACUUAUGACAAUAGUGAUACAUCAAGUAAUCAAAAAGAUAUUCUAUAUGAAAUAAAAGUUUAUACAUCAAAAAUUUCUGGUGCUGGAACAGAUGCUAAUGUUUAUAUACAAAUUUAUGGUCUUAAAAAAUCAACUGAUCAAAUUAUGUUAUGUAAUAAAACAGAACGACAAGGAAAAUUUCAAAUGGGUUCUAUUGAUACAUUUCUACAUGAACUUGAAGAUGUUGGAGAUAAUAUUGAAAAAAUUCGUAUUGGACAUGAUAAUCGUGGUUUCGAUGUAACAUGGCAUUUAGAUCGUGUUGAAAUACGUCGAUUAAUUAAAAAUCAAGAAUCAAAAAUAUAUAUAUUUCGAUGUAAUCGUUGGUUUGCUAAAGAUAAAGAUGAUGGAUUUAUUGUACGUGAUCUUAUUCCAGGAAAUUUUAUUGAAGAAAAACCUACAAAAAAAUAUAUAGUAGAUGUUUAUACAGGUGAUAAACUUGGUUCUGGUACAGAUGCAAAUGUUUUUCUAACAAUGUAUGGAUAUAAAGAUGAUACAAAUGAACAGGAAUUAAAAUAUUCUCAAACAAAUACAGAUAAAUUUGAAAGAAAACAAAUCGAUAGAUUUUUAAUUGAAAGUCCGGAUUUAGGAUAUAUUUAUAAAAUUAAAAUUCGACAAGAUCAAAGGGGUUUAUUAGAUAGUUGGUUUUUAGACAAAGUUGAAAUUAAAGAUGGACAACAAACAUUUGUAUUUAAUUGUGAUCAAUGGUUAGCAAAAGAUAAAGGUUAUUCAACACUUGAACGAAUACUUUAUGAAAAAAAUUGUCGAAGUUCAAUAAGUGAUAUAUGGCCAGUAUCUCAUUCAACUGACACACAUACUCCUUAUAAUAUUCAAAUACAAAUUGACGAAGCACCUGAUGCUGGUACAUCACCAAAUGUAUCUAUUCAUUUAUUUGUGUAG